AUGACUUCUGCCAUGACUUACUUGGCCAAAAUCGGCCUCCAGCUGCCCCUGUUCCUGCACUCGUUGGCGGCGACGUCGGCGUCCAACGGCUCAUCGGUCCCAGCCAACGGCUCGAGCGGCUCCUUUACCGCACGCGCCGCCGACUCCUACGACAGCCCCGGCGGUGGCGGCGGCGGUCCGGACCUGUUCCCGGCCGGCUUCAUGGACAGCGUCCUCGUGACGGCAGGCUCCUCGUCGCCGCUCAUGCAGGUCGUCCUCUUCCUCUACCGCCAGGUCGGCGCCCGGCUCGGCCUCGAUCCUUCUGUCCUCCUCACCCUCCUCGGCUUCCUCUGGGCCCUCUCCAAGAUCGGAUCGCAGAUCUGGGACCACGUCUGGGACGCUGUCGACCGCCACUUCAUGUGCGCCAUGUACGUGUCCGAGUACGACCACAUCUACUCGGAGCUCUUGAAGUGGCUGUCGCUGCAGCAGAGCAUCCGCACGAGCCGCUACCUCAUGGCGCAGACGGUGUGGAGGAGCGCGUGGGAGGAGGAGGAGGAGGAGAUCGAAACUGCCCUCUUCUUGACCGACGGCAACGAUGGCGAAGGCGAGCGCAUAUACCUCAACUUUUCCAACCAGGCGGCGAAGAUUGGUCCAAGAUACGUUCCUGCCAUCGGUCUCACGACCUUCUGGCACGGGGGUACCUACUUUCGCGUCCACCGGCGCAGGGAGACGCUGAUCGACACGAACGGUUGGGGCAGCGGCACGAAGGACGUCGAGGAGCUGAGGCUCUCGUGCUUCGGUCGGUCGAUGGAGCCCAUCAAGCGGCUCCUGGCCGAGGCAAAGUCGGCCUACUACCACGACAGGUACCGCAAGACGAGCAUCUACCGGCCCAAGCCCAAGGAGAUGCGGCGCGACAGCAAUAUGUGGCACCAGGUGGCGCGUCGUCCGAUCCGACCGAUGCGCACCGUCGUCCUCGACGCGCAGGAGAAGCACAGCGUGCUGGCCGACGUCAACGAGUACCUCCAUCCGGCGACGCCUCGGUGGUACGCCUCCCGCGGGAUCCCGCUGCGGCGGGGCUACCUGUUCCACGGGCCGCCGGGCACGGGCAAGACGAGCUUCUCGUUUGCGCUCGCCGGCGUCUUCGGCAUCGACAUUUACGUCAUCAGCCUGCAGGACGUCAACAUCACCGAGGAGGACUUGGCCGCACUGUUUACGCGCCUGCCGCGGCGGUGCAUCGUCUUGCUAGAAGACAUUGACACGGCCGGCUUGAAACGGGACGAGGCCGGCGAUUCCAAGGCGGAGAAGAAAGCGAAGAAGAAGCAGCAGGCGAAGGAGGAGACGAAGGAGGUCACGGAGGAGGAAGGGGGCAACAAAGCGGUCAAGGAGUUGACAAACAGCGUGAACGGUACACACGGGGAGAAGGAGGCCACGCAUGGAGAGGCGACGAUCGGAGACGCCAAGAUGGACAAAGUCAAGGACGGGGAAUCCAACGAGGAGGCCGGGAAGGACGAGGCCAAGGUGGGGGGAGAGGUCAAGAAGGGGGAAUGCGAGGAAGGGAAAGACGAGGAGGAGGUUGGGAAGACGGAGAAGUGCUCGAAGGAGAGGACCAAGGGGGAGGAAAGCAAGGAGGAGAAAAGUUGCAACAAGCGCAACAAGGCGACGACGACCGCGUCGGACGAGCAGGCCGACGACGGCGACGGCGACGGCGGAAGCGAACGCAGCAGCGACUCGGACAGCAGCGAUGACGAGGCAACCGAGCCACCCAGGUCCAGCUAUGCGAGGCGCAAGGGGAGCAAGGCGAAGGGGUCGAAGAAGAGCAUCUCGCUGUCCGGCCUGCUCAACGCCAUCGACGGCGUGGCCUCGCACGAGGGCCGGGUGCUCAUCAUGACGACCAACAAGCCGGAAACGCUGGACGAGGCGCUCAUCCGGCCGGGACGCGUCGACGUCCAGGUCGGCUUCGUGAACGCUUCGGCCAGCCAGGCGGAGGAGCUGUUCUACCGCAUGUACGAGACAUCGCGACCGCCGGCGGCGAAGCAGCAGAUCCACGGCCAGCAGUCGGCAGCGCAGGAAAACGGGGGAGCGGGGAAAGACGGGGGAGAGAAGGCGGAGAAGACACUGGCUGGCUUCCAGGACCGACCGGGUGAGAUUGCGGCUUCGGAGGCGGAGCUGCGGAGCAUCGCCAAGGAGUUUGGGCGGCGCAUGCCGGACGAAAAGCUUUCGCCGGCCGAGAUUCAGGGGUUCCUGCUCAAGCGAAAGCUGUGCCCCCGCAAGGCGCUCGAAGAUGUCGGCGGGUGGAUCGAGGCGACGUUGAAGCAGAAGGAGGCGAACUCGAAGGUGUCGACGGUGCAGGAAAACGGAGGCGAUAAAAAAUUCUUGGUAGCCAGCAACGUGCUUGAUGAAAUGGACGACGUUUAUGAUGUGGAGGGUAGGGCGUACGUACUGCAGCACAAGUACCGGUUUGGCGGCCAGACUUGCCCCACACAAGCAACAGCAGGCAGGCGACCAACUGCGUUCACCGACAGCCUCACGUACGACUUCCACAUCCGCCACCACUCGGCUCGACUCCCUCCUGCUCGGCGCCGACGCCGCCUCCCACACGCCAACGCCGGCCACGGCCAGACACAACGACGCGGUAAGACGCACAGCGAGGGCGCCUGCGACAGGGCCGGAAGCGUCGGCGACGGAUCCCGAACCAUGGCGAGCCUGCCGUCUGCCGUGCCCCCUCCGACGAAGGAGACGGGCGGGCUGCGGGUGCCGAGCAACGGCAAGACCAUCUACCACCGGUCGCUGAACCGGGCGAAGACGGGCGAGCUGAGCCAGGCGAGCUUCGCGUACCUGUUUGGCGAGAUGGUCUCGUACGCGCAGCGGCGCGUGAAGGGAAUCCAGGAGCUGGAGCAACGGCUCAACCUGCAGGGCCACCCGAUCGGCAUGAAGCUCCUCGACCUCCUCCUCUACCGCGAACCGUCGCGCACGCAGCUGCGGCCGCUGACCAUCAUCUCGCUCCUGCACUUUAUCAAGCAGAACAUCUGGCAGCACCUGUUUGGACGCCAGGCCGACCGGCUGGAAAAGUCCAACAACCCGGAAACGCCGGACGAGUACAUGAUCAUCGACAACGAGCCGCUCGUCAACCAGUACGUCAGCGUGCCGCGGGAGAUGAGCCAGCUCAACUGCGCCGCCUUUGUCGCCGGCGUCGUCGAGGGCGUCUGCGACGGCGCCAACUUUGGGGCGCGCGUCACGGCGCACACGGUCGGCGAGGGGGACAUGUGGCCCGGCAAGACGGUCUUUCUCGUCAAGUUCCGGCCCGAGGUGGUCGAGAGGGAGGGUUUCUUGGGCAAGAGCUGA